AAUUUCACUACCAAGUACCGAGAUGAACAAGGAGCCGAAGUGUGGAGUUCCCGAAGGCGGAGGGCUGAAGGCUGCCAGCUGGUUCCUUCUCUGUGGCAGUGUGUGUGUAAUACCACCUUGUACUACUCGCUAAGACGCUGUGAGGUCCCCAAAAGUGAGAGGUGCUGAGUCAGCCAGCAAAGAAGCAUCUCAGCUCAGCUUGUGGAUCCAUUGGAGCACUUCUGUCACUACUCUUGCAGGGCAGCUCUAGUGAUGGCAGCUCGGCUGCUGUACUCUGGGGACCGCGUAGUGACAGUUUCAGCGAGGAGUCUGCGUUCGCUGUGUGCCGGCCGUAGGUUGUUCUCCAGUCAGGGUAGCAACAACUCCAACGAAGCCACCCCCCCACCUGAUGUCAAGGAGGUAGCCACAGAACAACUGGACACGUGGUUGGACAUCCGUGCGGGGAUUUUUGGUCCCAGUGACCAGCGACUGCCCCUGCCCGGCAAUGUGGGGCUGAGUCACCACCUUGGCACACCUACUCGUGCCCCACCCCCUCCACAGCUCACUUCUGUUCUGCCCCGCCCCCCUGUACCCGAUAUUCUCACCUACAAGACCAACCAUGAAAACCAACUGCAGGCGCUGGGUCAGUGCAGCCCCGAGAAACUGCCAGACUUAGAGGACUCCCCCAACCCAGCCACCAUGCCCCCUCACCCCUCCGAUGUGCUGGAGUGUAAGGUGCAGAAGUGCCCUGACCUCAUCAAGAAAGACUUCCUGGACCUGUUCCCGGGCCGCAACCUGAGAGACGGGCCACUGUCUGUGGUGACGCUAAGCCAGAGGACCAAGCACGACAUGAGCUGCUGGUCCGAGGACAUGGAGAAUGAGAGGGAGGAGCUGCAGCUUUAUUUCAUCCUUGCUGCGGAGGACAUCUGUGCCAUCCUGCAGCGUGAGGGUUACUGGGCAGAUUUCAUUGACCCAGCAUCCGGCCGCCCCUUCCUCGGCCAGUUCACCAACUCCACACUUUUCGAAACGGAUGAACGUUACCGCCACCUGGGCUUCCGAAUAGACGACCUGGGGUGCUGCAAGGUCAUCUCCCAUCGUAACUGGGGCACACACGUGUUUGUGGGUGCCAUCUUCACCAAUGCUCCCAUGGACUCGGAGGUGCUGGAGCAGGCACUCACGAAGCAUGAGAGGAGCCGCUCCCCCAACGAACACUAACCCCGGUUUGGGUUAGUGACUCCUUCAGCCCUGUUGUCUGUGAUGCCGAGCUGGAGACUGCUGUGGCACAACUUGCCUCCUGUUACUAUCACUGCACUGCGCUGCAGAAGACAACUUUGUGCAAGCUAUCUACUUAAGGAAAUAACUGUUAGUUGGGCAAUGUUAAUUUUUUUUUGUUUUGCACCAGCUUGACCUAAAAUGUAUAAGUGCUUGAAGUGGCUCAUGUUCUGGCUCUAAGUAACCAUGUUAGGCUUGCCGGCAGCACAGGAAGGAGAGAAGUAGAGAAGCAGCAGGGAACCACUGUAGUUUUCAUGCUUAGUAAAGGUGCUGCCACCCAGGCAUAUUCCCGGCAGUGUGAUGCUCCCGUCACCUGCUGGGGGGGGAAACCACGUGCCAAGGAACACUGCCAUCUUGAGAGAGACAUUGGUGGAGAGAGAAUGCAAGGAAUUCCCUCAAUACUUGAAGAAAACAGGAAAAACAGGAAACGUGGUUGUAAGUGUGCAGUAUUGGGCUGGCACCUUUAGAGUGAGAGCGUGAUGGUUCUUACCGUGUGAUAUCAGUCCACCAGGAUUGUUCUCUGUAGUGUUAUCAUGUACAUACUGUAAAUGAAGCUUAAUCAGAUGUGAACAAGUAUCUGUAUGUCUUGCCAGUCGGUGUGAAGAAGUACAUUCUAUUAUGAUCUGUCCUACUAAGUAAUUCUUUGCAGAUUACAUCAGUUAUUCUAUCUCAAUAGUUUAUGCAGGUUAUUUUGACUACAUUGUCUCGGUGAUUUAAGGCUUUACAAUCAAGUCUACUAUUUUAAGUUUAUUCUUUAUUAGUCAGUCAUCAGUCACUCAUUUGUGCAGAGGGAUGCUUGAAGGAGGAAGUGUUCCUGAAGAAAAUGCUGAAGCAAGACAAAAUGCAGGCACUGGAUGACUUUUUGGUUGCUUAAACUUUUAUGUGAAGUAAAUGCACACAAAUCUAAUCUUCCAAGAGCACAGUACAUGCAUUUCCUCUCAGGUAGGCAGGGGACCAAGCUUGGGCUGCUUACCCGUCUGGUUCAUUAGUGUGCACAGCCUCAAUGGUUACCAAAAUGACUGACCACAGCUUAGUACAAACUCCACCAGUCAUUGUCAGCACUGAUGUAAUCUGUUAGCUCACUGGCUCUUGACCUUUGUGGCAGUGUCAGUGCAGUGGUGAGGGUCCUGACCUGUGGUGAUUCCUCCCACCACUGUUCACCUCAUCAGUGUGGUGAAAACCACUCCCAUCACUGUACACCUCAUUGUGAUGUGACCUCUCUCAGCCACUGCACAUCAGUGUAGAGGCGUCCUUCCCUGCCACUCUAAACCUCAGUGUGGUGGUGACCACUGGCAGCCACCAUACACCACCUCACCCCUCACACUUGUGCUGCACACCAAGGGCUUGUUGAAGUCACUGGUAAAUCAUAAGGUGUGAAGUAGUUUUCUUCAAUCACUAUUCUGAAGUUAAGAAAAAAAUAUAAAUUGGAAUAACACAAAAUUUCAUUUUUUUUUUUUUUUUACUUUAUGCAUUUCUCUAGAUAUUUAUUUGUAAAUGCAUUUUCUGUGUUCUCAAAUUAGGAUGAUGAAAAAAAAUCAUUUCAUUGGUAACUUAAAAGUUUGGAAAAGUUUGGCUGUGCUUUUCACACUUUUUAGCAUGAGUAGUAGCUGACCACAGACUACCAUUAUUGCUUUGAACUAGCCAUCCUCUCUCUCUCCCUGAGGAAAGUAAUGAAACAAUAUACCUAUUUAUUAUUAGAUAGCUGGAAUAUCAAAAAUUCUUUUCAAGUGGUAUUUGUUAGCAUUUUUCUUUUCACCCCUCUUCUUUAUUGGCCUGUGCUCUGUCUGAAAAUAACACAGCCUUCCUGCCCCAGCACACUGUCCACAGAGGUCAGGAGCCGCUGUGCCAGGAACCGUGAGGCAGAUGUAAGGUUCACGUACAGAGGACAGUUGUUCAUCUGUGUGUGAGGCUACAAGGAAUCUGUGUAGCAAUGAAGUAAAUGUAUAUGCAUCA